CAGCAGCAGCUGCCACUUUAUGACUUAGCAGAACUCUGUUAUGCGCACAGCAGUACUAAUAGAGUAGCUGAAUAUCGUUCAGGUUGUUCGUCGCCAAAAUUAGCUAACAAAAAAAUAAAAUACGGGAAGUUGUUAAUUAAAAAGGUGACCCAGAUAGAAAAUCGACACAUUACUAAACGAUGUCAUGGAAAAAGGAGCUAAAGGUGCUAGCAAAACCUUACUACUGGGUUAAUAUACUGCUGGCCGUAUCGUAUCUGGUGUCAAAGAAGACGAAAGUAAUUUGCACGCGCCUUUUCCAGCAUGCGAACCAGGAGGAGGAGGACGUCUGCGACAUGGAUAGCCGUGAAGUGGAAAUACUCUUCUUUCUGCUGAUUGUUGUGAUGAUACGCUCACGAAAAACGGGCAGUGUCACCAUGAUCAACUAUUUGACCUCGUCGUUUCUAUACACAAAAGUCGCGAAUUUGAUUUUAUGGGCCUAUGCAGAUUUUCGCUAUGGCUUGGGCUUUCUGCUGAUAUGCGUGCUGGUUGGAAUGCUGCUGCCUGAGCCAUCGUAUAGUGGCCCAGAGCAUAUAACCUACUUCCGUAAUGCCAAAACCUUCGAGGAGGAGCUGGUAAGGGAUAAGAAGGUUAGCUGGCUAAUAUGCUUCUACACCGUUUGGAAUCCGAGCUGCGUGAAUUUCGCACCGAUCUUUGCUGAACUGUCGGCGGAGUAUAAUGCGAAUUUAUUGAAAUUUGGCAAAAUCGAUAUUGGACGCUUCCCGGACGUAGCGGCCAAGUAUCACAUCUCGGACAGCAGCUUCUCGAAGCAGUUGCCCACCCUGAUACUCUUCCAGCAGGGCAAGGAGGUGGAUCGUCGUCCUUGCGGCGAUGCCAAAGGCAAAUUGCAAAAGUUUUUCUUCUCCAGCGAUAAUGUGAGAGCCUGCUUUGGAUUAAAUCAGCUCUACAAGCAGUCUGUCGAAAAGCAGCCGCCAGUGGAGUCCAAGAAGUCCAAAUAGCUAAACAAUCGAGAGGGCAAACAAGUGAAGUGCCAUCCCAUUGUGCACCCAAAAAUAACAAACAAGUCUCAUCAAAUUGCAAUUUGUUUUGUACGUGCUAAUUGUUUAGUUUGUAGCUCAUUUUUAAUUUAUUUGAUCAUUGCACAAAAUAUAACGAAGCUCGCGCUGGCACGUACAUACAACUAUGUAAAAGACCCAAAGCGUUGCCAUAGCCUAAAUUAUUAUAUGUAGCUAAAUUCAUGUCAUAAAUUGUAAUUAAUAAAAUUGUUUAAGCUGUUAAAGUGCAUUUCAAUUGUAAUGAGCUCA